AUGACAGGGAAGGAUAUCAUCCAAAAGGUUAAGGAAAAGGUAUGUAUAACUCAAGCAGCAUAUGAUAGAGAUACAGGAAAAGGGAAAAGUAAGAUGUCAAAGAAAAUUAAACAUGGAUAUCAUUUGGUGGAGGGAAAAUCAGGCCACGCCAUGGAAGAUUAUGUUUUUGCUGAAUUCAGACAAGUGGAUGAGAAUGAGCUUGGUCUGUUUGCUAUAUUUGAUGGCCAUUUGAGCCGCGAGAUCCCUAAUUAUCUCAAAUCUCAUCUUUUUAACAACAUAUUGAAAGAGCCUGACUUCUGGACUGCUACUGACACUGCUAUCAGGAGAGCCUAUCGCAUAACUGAUAGCACGAUACUGGAGAAAGCCAAGGAUCUCGGAAAAGGGGGUUCCACAGCUGUGACAGCUAUAUUGAUCAAUUGCCGGAAGCUUGUGGUUGCCAACGUUGGAGAUUCUCGUGCCGUGAUCUGCAAGAAUGGCGUGGCGAAGCAGUUGUCGAUUGAUCAUGAGCCUGAAAGGGAAAGGGACACUAUUGAGAACAAGGGUGGCUUUGUAACAAAGUUUCCAGGUGAUGUACCGCGUGUUGAUGGACAACUAGCGGUAGCGAGAGCGUUUGGCGAUAAAACUAUCAAGGAUCAUCUUAGCUCCGAGCCAGAUGUCAUAGUAGAGACGAUAGAUGAUGAAACUGAAUUUAUGAUAUUGGCCAGUGAUGGUGUUUGGAUGGUUAUGUCUAAUGAAGAAGCAGUCAAGUGUAUCAGGCAGAUCAAAGAUGCCAAAUCCGCAGCCAAACGACUUAAUGAAGAAGCACUUGCUAGAAAAAGCACAGACGAUAUCUCUUGCAUUGUUGUAAGGUUUGGCUAG